AUGUAUAUUUAUUCCCUAAAUAACUUUUCUGUUGUGUUUGUUUUUUUCAUUUGUGUUUGUAUAUCCUUUUACAACAUUCGUAUAGUUAAAGGAUUAAUACAAUAUAAGAAAACGAAAAUAUGUAAUAUCAAUUAUGAGAAAGGUAAUUUAUUUAGUAAAAAUAAAAAUGGCGGUGGGAGAGGGAAAUUUAGUGUUGAACGUAGGUUAUUCUUUUUAAAUAAAAAAAAAAUAAAAAAAAAUAAAGACAAUAAAAAAGAUAAUGAAAGUGAAGAUAAUAGUUUCAAUGAUAAUGAAAACAAAAAAAAAAAUAGUUGGGAAAAAAAAAUUAUCGAUAUUAUUCCAGUUAAUAAUGAAAUGUUUGAAUAUUAUAACAACAAAUGUAAAUAUAAAUACAAUAAUAAUAAUAAUAAUAAUAAUGAUAUUAUAGAAAAGAGGUCGCUUAUUAACAAUUUAAUACUUCCUUAUAGAGAAAAAGAAAAUUUUAUAAAUACAUUCUUAAUACAUAUGGAUAAGUAUGCUUUGUUGGAUACGUUAAUGCAUAUGAAAAAUGACAUAUAUGAUAAUGUAUCUUAUGAUUAUUCACAGUAUGCUAAAAAAGAGAAUAAGAAAAAUAAUAUGGAAAAACAAAUAACAACCAACAAAAAUAAUAAUGAUAAUAAUAAUGAUAAUAAUAAUAAUAAUAAUAAUGAUAAUAAUGAUAAUCAUAAUAAUAAUAAUACACAAAAUGAACAACGGCAUAACGAUACAUUAAAUAAUAAUAAUGCUGUAAAUCAUAAAAUACACACCUUAUAUGAUAAAAUAAAAAACUUAAAAGAUGAUUUGAAAACAAAUAAUCAACACAUGUCUGAUUCACUUAAAGUAGAAAAAUAUAUCAAUCAACAACUUAUAAAAUUAACUCAAGAAAUUAUAAAAAUGAGAGAAGAAAAAAAAAAUGAAGAAAUAAAAGAAAAUUCAAAUAUUGAAUGGAGUUUUUAUUUGAAUGAAAAAAAGAAUCCUUUAAAUUGUUUUGUUUACAUGGAUGUACCUAUUGGAACUGUUAUGUUAAAACCCAAAAAAGUGGAAGAUAAAAAUUUGUUAAUUUCUAUAAAUGCUUUGAAUCAUAUAAAAAGAAAUAAUCAAGAAAUAUUAAAAAAUAUCUAUUUUAAAAAAUUUCAUAUUACUUUUGAUCAUAUAUAUCAAAAUUGUAAUUUAAUAACACUUAUUGUAAAUAAAUUAUUAGAUCAAGAAUAUAUAAUUAAAUCAUGUACUAUGUUUUCUCUUUUAUCAAUAUCUUAUUUUUUAAAAGAUACUUUUUAUCAGUCUUUUCUUUAUUUAUUAAGUAGUAAAAUUAUAUGGAAUCCAUUAUUAUAUAAUAUCUGGUGUAAUAUAUAUCAUACCACAUUACCAUUAAAAUUAUUUAUGGUUAAACAAACAUUUUCCUACACAAAUAUUGUAUUUAACUAUAUUGUACAAUCUAUACGAAAUAAGUUAAUAAAUCUAGAAACAUUUUUAUUAAAUUAUUCUUUAAAAUCUAAAAUUCAAUUACAACAAAAAGAACAUAAUACUUAUGAUAAUCAUAAUUUUAAAAUUGCUACUGAUGAAAUAUACCCUGAUCCGAAUGAUCAAGAGGAGUUUCAAUAUAUAUGA